AUGAACUUGUUCAAAGAUUCUCUGGAGGGAGUUGGCCCCAUACUUGAGAAAAGUUGUCGAGAGUCUUCUUUAAAUGCAAGAGUCCCUGUGCUUGAAGAAGUACACUUGAUCCUCCAGGACCAGGGCCAGGAGCUCGGAGAACCAGUAAUUCAAGAAAUUGCAAAUACCCUUUUGGAAAGCUAUGUGUAUAUUAGGGACCAGAAGUCAGGGAGACUCAUUACCUCAAUUUUCGAGGACUUGUUCUUAAGGAGGCCAGCACUACUUGAGAGCUCGAACACUUUCAUUUUCAAUACGCUAAAAAAAAGCCUGGGCACCAAAGCUAUUUCCGACUACCUGAAUCUUUUGGACUGGACCAAUGCAUUUUUGAAGUUUGCAGCUUGCCACUCUGCAGACUUUACAGUCGAUUCAGCGAAAUUGUUACCAACGCUGUGCUUAGUUGUCUACUGCAUUGAGAUAGCAUUAGAUGGCCAUGAAGAUACCAAGCGCUCUAAAUUGAGUCAGAAUCAACACCGGAAAAGAAUACGCCAAAGCAUCUUGCAGUCGCUGAAUAAGACGUUGGCGUUUUGUUUGAGACAUGGCAAGGGCGUCUCUGUUGACACAAUCGUCAAUGGCACUUUACUCUCUACCGUUUCUAAGUUGCCUCCAGCUGGUUUAAUAAUUGUGAUGGGAUCACUAGUUAAAGCAGUGUUACAGCUUUUACCUUCACAGCCUGCUCACCACGCCGCAUUAGAAGUCGAUUUCGUUGUGCCUUUCUGUGAAUACGUGGGGAAAGAAGCUUUACUGGGCAAAGAACCUCCUUCGCCCUUCUGUAUUGAGACAUUUUUUGCCCCUUUUGCUCAGGAGUAUGUCACAUCAGAUCUAUUUAAGACCUACAUCCUACCAAGCCUGGAGAAAUGUAUCCUUAGGUCAGCGGAGGCUGGCCUGACUUUAGCCAAUGAGCUUUACAUUUGUAUCGACUCUCAAAAAAUCGAUCUAUGCUCCAUUUUCACCGAGUCAAAGCUAAUGAGUCAGUCAUUCUCUUCAUUGAAGAGCAGCAAAGAUUCAGUGAGAAAAGCCGCCCUAGAAUCCAUGCUAACAUUACUGCGUAUGUUGCGCCCAGAAACCUGCAACCCCGAGAGUUUGCGUAAAUUUGUAAACGAACUUUUCAAAAAUCUCAAGUCAAAUCUGAAUACAGAUUACAAAACAGUCGUCUCACGCUUGUUAUUGGUGACACCACCCUUCUUUCCUGAGGCUGUUUCAGACAUCGUAAAGGGGCUAACCCCGUAUGUUAGCAAAGAGUCCAACGAGGCUGCAUUGGAGCCCAUGCUUAAAGCUUAUUUUGCACAUUACUCGAAAAUGGGAUCUUCUACAAAAGAAGGCUAUGCCGUUAUAAAAGCUGGUCUGAAUGACAAAAAGCAGCAGGUCAGAAGGUUAUGGGUUGUGUCAUUGGUAGAGGUUAUCGAUGCAAGCUGGGAGGAUGCUAUACACGAGUUCCUGCCAAUGAUCUUGGAUUUCAUGAGAGACAUUCUGAUGUCUCCUUUUAAACAUCCAGCGAGAAGCAUCUUGAGUUGCUUUGUUUGUGUCGACCGCGCUCACGAAACAGAAAAGAAUACCCUUUCAACCGAAUUGCACUCUUUAAUAGACGACAUCCACCAAAAAUCUCAUUCCUUGGGAGACGCCUGGUUAGUGGCUACAACAUCAGCCAAUCUGGCUGCCGAAGAUCGCAAAGCCGCACUGAGUUUGCUGUCCAGAGCUUAUGAAAGACAUCCACUAAUGGUUGGCCUGGAUGUGAUUAAGUCACUAGAAGAAGAAACGCGGCAAGGUUUCGCUUCAGGAAAAAAUGGCGUCUCGAUCCGUUACUCAACUCCCGUUUUUAACGUACUAGCGUGCACCAUAGAUGAUAAAGCUGCUCUCGAGGGAAUUCUGGUAGACCUACUAGUGCUCGCCCAGCACCCAGGUUUCAAGCUCAAAAACGGAUGGGCUGGGUUGGUCAUGCAAGCUCAAUUAGAUCCCAACCACCUCGUUCUAAAAUUUGCUGAUAAGAUUGUUGAGAAGUUUGAAACAUACUUGGGUGGCGAACAUAUUGCCUUAUCCCCACUCGAAAAAGCAACAGUAAAGUCACUGUCUUACGCUGCCUUUAUCAACUCUUCAGCCACUGCGCCACUACUAGUGGGUAUUUUCGAGCGAGACUUUGACAACAAUAGACUGUCACAUAUCGACGACUCGCAAAUCAAAAUUUGGAGAGGCGCCGAGGGCCAGCUUGUUGUCAAUGUGCUUGACAAAAAGGACAAAAAGUUAGAGGAUAAAAACUCUAAAGACUAUGAAACUCUAAAGUGGGAAGAGGACAUAAGAAAGAAACAAGCAAAGAAAAACGCUCCUUCUCGAAAAUUAUCUAAGGAGGAGAAGGAGCUAGUGGAUGCGCAGCUUUCUAAAGAAUCCAGCGUUCGCAAGAACGUUAACAAGAUUGUCUCUGAACUUAGAAGGAGCUGCUUACUGGUUCAAGAAUUGGUUCAUGGAGCCCGCCUUGUGGAUAACGGCACUGAUACAUGGUUCUCGGUGGCCGUCUCCCGUCUUUUAAGUGCGUUGCGUCAAGAAGUUUUUACUGAGUUACUCCCAGGCGAUGGCGUUGAGACAUUCCUUGAUCUGUCAAAUGUCAUCUCUGAAAGAUUAGGAAACAUCAGGUACUUUACUGCGGUUGCAACCCUCAGAAGUUAUGGUGUUCAUGCCAUUCCAGAGAAUUUGACUCAGGAGCCGUUAUUAGAUCUUAUUUCAAGGGUGUUGUUUCGGAUCAAAUUUGCUGCUAACAAAAAACGGUUCGAGUCUCUAACUUUGACGUUUCUACUUCCCUUGCUUUCCAAGGUCCUAGAAGACGGUAAGAAUGUCUCUCUAAAAAACGCGAGUAAGCCGCUUGUCAAGAGCGAAUUCAUUGAGGAAGACAAAGAGGAAGAACAUCUUCUGCUUGCAAUGGAAAUCAUUUCUAGUCAUGCCGAGUCUUUUAGCGAUCCCGCUAUUCCAAGAGAGCAUAUAUUAGAAGUGCUGUUGUCGCUACUUUCCGUACCAUCAAAGGCAAGAUCAUCUAAAGAGUGCUUCCUAGCUUUGUGUCAAAACAUUUCGAUCUCACCAAACGCGGAGGACUUAGAGCUGAUACUCGGUACCUUGAUGUCUCCUAGUGAGUUUGUCCGGGCUACAAUUCUUGAGGCUAUCGACGACGAAUUUGAACUCAGUCCUUACAUGAAAUUUUCACCGCAGAUUUUCAUUUUAAUGCAAGAUGCUAGCGAGUCAAACCGUGACACUGCCUCAUUCAUUUGGCAAUUUAACAAGUUUGAAGUUAAUGAAGAAUUGAUGAUAUCCCUUCUUAACUUUUUUGCUCAAACUGAUAGCGGCUUGCGGCUAUUUGUCGCUAGAGCAUACGCAAACGCUUUGCGAAUCCUCACUGCAAAAUCUGAAGGCUUCUUUGAAAAAUACCUCGGCGUGCUUAUGGACUUCUACUCCUCGAAAGCUCGUGUACCGGAUCCUAUAGUUGAUGAAUAUGGUCUAGUUGUGAUGAGCUCAGAAGCUCAGAAAGACCACUGGGAGGAGAGAAGCACAGCAGCAAUUGCGUUUAAAGAGUUUUCUACUUUUUAUCCGGAGGACAGUGAAUGCGCGGUCAAGUUUGUUGAGUUCUUGGUGAACAGCGGAGCGCUUGGAGACCGUGAACUAUUGGUUAGGCAAGAGUUGAAGGAGGCAGGUAUCGAAAUAAUAGCUCAUCAUGGCAUCCGUAACGUCGAAAAACUAAUACCCGUUUUUGAGAGAGAACUUGCUGAAAACAAUGAUGUGGCAACUAAAGAGAAUGUCAUUAUUUUGUAUGGUACCCUAGCCAGACAUUUGCCAGCUGAAGAUUCCCGUGUAGUGGUCAUUUUGGAGCGUUUACUAAACACUCUUAAUACUCCAUCAGAGGCGGUUCAGCAGGCUGUUUCAGCUUGCAUAUCACCCCUGGUCAAAUUGCUUGGUUCUCAGGUCGAAGGCUACAUCGAAGAUACAGUCCAAAAGCUAUUGAACUCGAGGGAAACGAUGACAUCAAGGCGAGGAGCAGCAUGGGGUCUAGCUGGUUUGGUUAAGGGCUUUGGCAUCGGUGCCUUGUCCCAAUUUGACAUUAUCCGCAACCUUGUUGACGCUUCCGAAGACAAAAAGGACCCUGUCAGGAGAGAGUCAGUGGCUUUUGCUUUCGAAUGCCUCUCGAAGGUUUUGAAUAAAUUUUUCGAGCCUUAUGUUAUCGAAGUUCUUCCUAAUAUUUUGAAAAACCUUGGCGACUCAGUUCCAGAAGUGCGUGAAGCAACUGCCAAUGCUACAAAGGCCAUCAUGGCGAACACGACCGGUUUUGGUGUUAAGAAACUCAUUCCCGUGGCUGUUAACAAUCUGGACGAUAUUUCAUGGCGAACCAAGAGAGGCUCUGUCGAGUUACUGGGUAACAUGGCUUACCUAGAUCCAACUCAAUUAUCGGCUUCUUUGUCCAACAUUGUCCCAGAAAUUGUGGCGGUUUUGAACGAUUCUCACAAAGAAGUUCGUAAGGCCGCAGAUCAGUCUUUAAACCGCUUCGGCGAAGUUAUCAGAAACCCAGAAAUUCAAAAGUUGGUUCCGACUUUAAUCAAGGCUAUUAGUGACCCAACAAAGCACACAGAAGAAGCUUUAGACGCACUGAUCCAGACGCAGUUUGUUCACUACAUUGACGGCCCGUCACUUGCUCUUAUUAUCCAUGUUAUUCACCGAGGUAUGCGUGAAAGAUCUGCGAACACCAAGAGAAAAUCGUGUAAGAUCGUGGGAAAUAUGGCGAUUUUGGUCGACUCCAACGAUUUGGUCCCUUACCUACAGCAGCUGAUAGAUGAGGUUGAACUUGCUAUGGUUGACCCAGUGCCUAACACAAGGGCAACUGCAGCACGCGCGUUAGGUGCUCUGGUUGAAAGACUGGGUGAAGAGCAGUUCCCACAUUUGAUUCCUCGUCUGAUGUCGACCCUAAGCGACGAAUCGCGGGCUGGGGACCGUUUGGGCUCUGCCCAGGCGCUUGCAGAGGUCAUCAGUGGAUUGGGAUUGUCCAAGCUUGAUGAGCUCUUGCCAAACAUUAUGGCUGGGGUCACAAACUACAAGACUUAUGUCAGAGAAGGAUUCAUGCCUUUACUCCUCUUCCUACCAGUUUGUUUUGGAGCUCAGUUUGCUCCUUAUAUCAGUCAGAUUAUCCAGCCUAUUUUGGCUGGCCUAGCUGAUGUAGAUGAGAGCAUUUCAGAUACCUCAUUAAAGGCAGGUAAGCUCAUUGUCAAGAACUACGCCACUAAAGCUAUCGAUUUGUUGCUUCCUGAGCUCGAGAAAGGAAUGUUUGAUGAGAAUGAGAGAAUCAGACUUUCGUCGGUUCAGUUGACUAGUGACCUAUUGUUCCAGGUUACCGGGAUUUCUUCAAAGAACGAGUUCACCGAUGAAGAGGGUGACUUCAAUCACGAAGUUACCAAGCAGCUUGUCGAAGUUUUGGGCCAGGAUCGCCGCGAUAGAGUUCUGUCUGCCCUAUUUGUUUGCAGAUCUGAUUCUUCUGGUGUUGUCCGCGCUACUACUGUUGAUGUUUGGAAGGCGAUUGUUCCUAACACAUCACGCACGGUUAAAGAGAUCCUUCCUACUUUGACAAACAUAAUUGUGGUUCAUUUGGCCUCUCCAUCGGCAACUUUACGGCACAUUGCAGCACAGACUCUUGGAGAUCUUGUAAGACGGGUUGGUGGAAACGCUCUAUCUCAAUUGCUACCAACGCUCGAAAACUCCCUCAUCGAAUCCAAUGGCUCGGACUCAAAGCAGGGAGUAUGUAUCGCCUUGUGCGAGCUCACUCAAUCAUCUUCUCCAGAAAAUCUGGUUGAAUACCAGGCGGAGAUUGUUAACAUAAUUCGCAGCACUUUAGUUGAUGACGAUGUUGUCGUUAGAGAAGCUGCAGCUCUUUCUUUCGACGCUUUCCAAGAGGUAUUUGGUAAAGUGGCUAUUGACGAGGUUCUACCUCAUCUGCUAAACAUGCUCACGUCUUCAGAGGACUCUGAAUACGCGCUCUUGGCUCUGCAAGAAAUUAUGUCCACCAAGUCUGAGGUUAUUUUCCCAGUGUUGAUACCUACCUUAUUGCAACCUCCUAUUGACGCGUUCAGGGCAAGGGCUCUUGGAUCUUUGGCCCAAGUUGCUGGUUCUGCUCUGUAUAAGCGGUUGUCACUAAUCAUCAAUGCUCUCGUCAAUACGCUGGAGCGAAAUGAUGUAGAUGAUCCAACGAAUAUUGUAUUAGAGGACGCACUAGAUAAAGUGUUGAGUUCUGUGACCGAUGAUGAGGGCAUGCACCCACUCUUACAGCAGAUUCUAAGUUUGAUGAAGGACGAAAACAAGAAGAAGCGUGUCAUUGUUUUGCAACGUCUUGCGAACUUCUUCAAAAACACUGUCUUAGAUAUGAAUAUCUACAUCCCAGAGAUCAUAUCACAGUCUGUAGUGUUAUUUGAUGACGAAAAUCCUCAUGUCCUGCAAAGCGUCUUUGAUGAACUCACUGUUCUGGUCAAGAAACAAGACAAGCUAAUGCUUGAGAAGUUAGUUAAGCCUGCUAAACAGGCUUUGCAGUUGGUUGGUAGAGGUGACGAAGAGCUCGAGGUUUUCAAGCUCCCCAAGGGCCCUAGCUGCAUUUUACCUAUUUUCCUACAUGGGCUCAUGUAUGGGUCAAAUGAAGAUCGGGAACUCUCGGCCAUGGCCAUCGCCGAUGUUGUUAAGAGAACGCCAGCCACUAAUUUGAAGGCAUUUGUUACUGUGAUUACGGGGCCUUUGAUUCGUGUGGUUGGUGAAAGAUUCCCCAGUGACGUUAAAGCUGCGAUUUUGUACGCAUUAAACGUCCUAUUCGCCAAGAUUCCACAAUUCCUAAGACCUUUCAUUCCUCAACUGCAACGCACGUUUGUGAAGUCAUUGUCUGACUCUUCUAAUGAGACCUUGCGCCUGCGUGCUGCAAAGGCUCUCGGUUCACUCAUUGAAUAUCAGCCCAGAGUUGACCCACUGGUAGUUGAGCUGGUCGCUGGUGCCAGACAAGCUACUGACAGCGGGGUAAAAACAGCUAUGUUGAAGGCCUUGCUCGAAGUUGUGUCGAAAGCAGGUUCAAAGCUCAAUGAAAACUCAAAAAGUAGCAUUAUUAACUUGGUCGAGGAGGAAAUUCUUGUUGUUGACAACAAAUUGGCGACUGCCUAUGCAAAGCUUAUUGGCUCAUUGUCUGAAAUUAUGACCAAAGAAGAAGCAGCCAAUAUUUUGAACGAGAAGGUUCUCCAGGUCGACCUAUCUAGUGAGUCAGGUCGCUUUGCUAUUCUCACGCUGAAUUCAUUCUUGAGGGACGCUCCGGCACACAUUUUGCAGUCCGAGGUGGUAUCAGAGCUUGUGAACUACUUGAUUGUAGCAGCUAACUCUAAUAGCCCUUACAUUUCAGACAAUGCUCUCACAGCAAUUGGUAAACUGCUGUUGUUGGAAAAUGAGAAAAAGUCGCCAUUUUCUAAAAGAGAAUCCGAAACCUUUUUUGCUCUUGGGGAACAGAAUAUUAGAGCUUUAGUCGAAGUUCUCGCGAAAGACAUGUUGGUCCCUGCAAGCAACUCUCUUGAUUCCAGAAGACUAUCGCUAGUAGUUGUCAGGACUUUGGCAAGAUUCAAGUUUGACGAGUGCGUCAAACCUUAUUAUGACCAAUUAGGUCCAUCUGUUUUUUCUUGUUUACGCGACACGAUCAUUCCUGUCAAGUUGGCCGCGGAGAAAGCGUACUUAGCCAUUUUCAGACUAGUCGAGGAGGAGGACAUGUGCUCAUUUGAAAGCUGGUUCAAAGGCCUCACGGGCCCUUCUGUGAAAAGCAGCGCUGGAUCUGAGAUACAGCUCAGAUCUAUUGGCGAUUACACUAAGCGUGUUGGUAAAAGAUUGGCUUCUGUUGAGAGAGAGAGAAUCGCAGCUGGCGGUGACCCGGAGACUGUUUUCUCUGAUAGAUAUGAGGAUGAAAGCGAAAUUUGGGCUGUCGGCGGCGUUGAGCUGGUGAAAGACGUUUGA